AUGGUAAAAUCGUUGCAAUUAGCGCACCAGUUAAAGGACAAGAGAAUACUUUUAAUCGGCGGUGGAGAGGUCGGCUUGACAAGAUUAUACAAGCUAAUACCCACAGGUUGCAAGCUGACUUUAGUUUCUCCUACCUUACAUAAAGCCAUCGUUCCGAAGUUCGGGAAAUUCAUCGACAGGGAGAACCAUCCCGAAUACAGAGAAACCGCCAAACGCAUCGUCAAUUCCAACUGGGAUUUUUCCAAGAACGAAAUUUACGAGUAUAUUCACGACGAAUUCAAAGAUGAAUACCUCGACCUAGAGGACCAUGACGACGCGUGGUACAUAAUUAUGACCUGCAUACCGGACCACCCGGAAAGUGCAAGAAUAUACAACCUCUGCAAAGAAAGGUUCGGCAACCAGCAGCUAGUAAACGUGGCAGACAAGCCAGAGCUAUGUGACUUCUACUUCGGCGCCAACCUGGAGAUAGGCGACCGUCUGCAGAUUCUCAUCUCGACCAACGGACUUUCCCCACGCUUCGGCGCCCUGGUAAGAGACGAGAUCAGCAACUUGUUCUCACAGAUGGGAGACCUAGCGCUAGAAGAUGCCGUGGUAAAGCUUGGCGAACUGAGAAGAGGCAUCAGGCUCCUAGCGCCAAACGACAAGGACGUCAAGUACCGUAUGGACUGGGCCAAACGCUGCACGGACCUCUUCGGAAUCCAGCACUGCCACGAAAUCGACGUCCAGCGCUUGCUAGGCCUCUUCAAGACCAUGCUUCAAGAACAGCACCGCUCGCUGCAGUUCCCUCCCAGAGAUCAGAUGCUCAGCUAUUACUGCUCGUCCUGA